AUGGUAGAUAAAAAUGAGGUGGAAAUCGGUGCUACGGCCGAGCACGUCGACGAGAAGAUAGACGAUGAUCUGAUAGCGGACACUAAACAUAUGAUCGCGGACGCGGCGGCCGGUUUUGCCAAUGAGAAGGAAUUAGGCGCCCUGGCAGCCGUUAAGGCCUAUCCUUACGCCAUCCUAUGGUCUCUUGUCAUGGCGUUCUGUGUUGUCAUGGAAGGCUAUGAUUGUGCCCUGAUUGGAAGCUUCUUUGCAUUUCCUUCGUUUCAAAUUAAGUUCGGCCGUUACGUGGGAGUUUCACCAGCGACACCCAGCGGGUAUCAAUUGACAGCAGCUUGGCAGUCUGCCCUAGGCCAAGCAAAUAACGCGAGCGGCUUCUUCGCAGCCAUUCUUAACGGCUGGCUGGUGCCCGCCUACGGGCAAAGACGCGUUGUUAUGUGGUCACUUGUCUUAAUAAUCGGGGGCAUUUUCUUUCCUUUCUUUGCGCCGAACCUAACGGUUCUGACAAUUGGCGAGGUAUUCUUAGGCUUCCCCUGGGCAACACUUGCUACUUGUGCGAUUUCCUACGCCGCCGAGGUUCUACCUCCGUCUAUACGGACGUACCUCACCUCGUACACUAACAUGUGCUUCAUUAUCGGCCAACUUAUCGCCUCUGGUAUAUUAAAAGGGUUAUCUAACAAUACGAGUCAGUGGGCCUAUAGGAUCCCCUUUGCACUCCAAUGGGUAUGGCCUUGCAUCUUGUUACCACUGGUAUACCUUGCGCCUGAGAGCCCCUGGCAUCUAGUCCGACAAAAUCGCCUAGAGGAAGCUGAGAAGGCACUGCGCCGCCUUCAGAGCUCCAAGUGUGACAUUGACCCGAAGCACACACUAGCAACUAUUAUCCACACCAAUGACUUUGAGCGGAGAGUCCAUGUGGAGGGAAGUUAUUGGGAUUGUUUUAGAGGCCCCGAACUCCGUCGAACCGAGAUUGCAGCUUUGACCUACGCUGGCCAAGUCUUUGUGGGCAUCGGCUUUGCGUACAGCAGCACUUACUUUUUCCAGAGUAUCGGCGUUGGUACAUCUACGACUUACUCUCUUGGACUUAGCGGGAACUGUUUGGGCCUUAUCGGGUGUUUCAUCAACUGGUUUGACCACAAAGGUGUUGCUCUAACGCAAGCGAGCUUGUGUCUACUGUGGACCUUCGUCUUCCAGCUUUCUAUCGGACAGCUCGCCGGAAUUCUCAUGCAGUACUUAAUGAACCCAGAGGCAUGGAAUGUGAAGGGCUACGUUGGAACUCGCUAA